UUGAGAAUGUCUCUGCCAAGUCAACAAACAGCUAUUGUUAACCCUCCACCACCAGCGUAUAUAAAUACUAAGAAAAAUGGGCGAUUGACGAAUCAACUGCAGUAUCUACAAAAAGUUGUCCUGAAGGCUUUGUGGAAGCAUAGUUUUUCCUGGCCUUUUCAGCAGCCUGUGGAUGCUGUCAAACUAAAGUUGCCCGAUUACUAUACCAUUAUAAAAAACCCAGUGGAUUUAAAUACAAUCAAGAAGCGCUUGGAACAUAAAUAUUAUGUGAAAGCUUCAGAAUGUAUAGAAGACUUCAAUACAAUGUUUUCAAAUUGUUAUUUAUACAACAAGCCUGGAGAUGACAUUGUUCUUAUGGCACAAACUCUAGAGAAGCUGUUCAGGCAGAAAUUAUCUCAGAUGCCACAAGAAGAGCAAGUUGUGGGUGGUAAGGAAAGAAUAAAGAAAGGUACUCAACAGAAUGUAGCAAUUUCUGUUAAAGAAAUUUCUCCUUCAAACAUGGCACAAAGUGCUCCACUGAACUCUGACUCACAAACAGGCACCCAAGUUACAAAGGGUGUGAAGAGGAAAGCAAAUACAACUCCUACAGCUUCAGUAGUUAAAGCAAGUGGUGACUCUUCCUCAACACUUACAGAAAAAAAACCAGGGAAAAUGCCACCUAUAAAAGAAAAUGCGCUGACAAAUGUUUUGACGGAUUCUCAGCAACAGUAUAAAGUUGUAAAGAAUGUUAAAGUAACUGAACAAUUAAGGCACUGUGAUGAGAUUCUUAAAGAAAUGCUUGCAAAGAAACACUUGUCAUAUGCAUGGCCCUUUUAUAAUCCUGUUGACGUUAAUGCUUUGGGACUCCAUAACUACUAUGAUAUUGUGAAAAAUCCAAUGGAUCUUGGAACCAUCAAGGUGAAAAUGGAUAACCAAGAAUAUAAAAAUGUGUAUGAAUUUGCUGCAGAUGUUAGAUUAAUGUUUAUGAAUUGCUACAAAUACAAUCCUCCAGAUCAUGAAGUAGUUACAAUGGCAAGAAUGCUUCAGGACGUUUUCGAAAUGCAUUUUGCAAAGAUCCCAGAUGAACCUGUUGAGAGUAUGCCUGUAUGUUACAUCAAAACAGAUACCACAGAAACCCUUGGUAGAGAAAGGAGUAGUGAAGCUUCCUCUGCAGAUAACUCUUCUGGUGAUUCUGAAGAUGAACAAGCUCAGAGUCUUGAAAAGCUUCAGGAGCAGCUUAAAGCUGUUCAUCAACAGCUAGAGGUUCUGUCCCAAGUACCUUUCAAUAAGCUAAAGAGAAAGAAUGAGAAGUCUAAAAAGGAAAAGAAAAAAGAAAAGAUUGAUAACAGCGAUGAAAACCCAAGGAAAAAGUUUAAGCAAAUAAAAUUAAAGGAAAAGUCCAAGCGCAAUCAGCCAAAGAAGGGGAAACAACAGGUCUUCGCUGCGAAAUCUGAAGAUAAAGAUAAUGCUAAACCUAUGAACUAUGAUGAGAAAAGACAGUUAAGCUUGGAUAUAAACAAACUCCCUGGAGAUAAACUUGGGCAAGUCGUUCAUAUAAUACUGUCCAAAGAGCCUUCACUGAGAAAUUCCAACCCUGAUGAGAUAGAGAUAGACUUUGAAACACUGAACGCAUCAACACUGAGAGAACUGGAAAAAUAUGUUGCUGCAUGUCUAAGAAAAAGACCACUAAAACCUCAUGGUAAGAGAAUAAUGAAGUCCAAAGAAGAACUUCAUUCACAGAAAAAACAAGAAUUGGAAAAGCGGUUACAGGAUGUCAAUAAUCAGUUAAAUUCUAGAAAACAUCAAACAAAACCUGAGAAAACUCAAUCAUCCAAGGUCAUUGGAAGUGGUUCCCAACUGAGUGAAAGUAGCAGCAGCAGUAGCUCAUCAGAGUCUGAAAGUAGUAGCAGUGAUUCAAGUUCUUCAGACAGCAGUGAUUCCAAAUCAGAAAUGUUUCCUAAAUUUACUGGAGUAAAACAGAAUGAUUCUACUUCUAAAGAGAAAGUAAAGCAGAUACAAUCUUCUGUGCAAUAUACAACCUCUGGGAAAACUAGCCUGGUUCAUCAGACUACAUGUUCAGGUGGAACACCACCAAAUCACCACCAGUUAGUAUUUAAUCAUCAAGAAUCAGAACGUUUACAGAGUGUGGAAAACAUUUCACCUUUACAAAUUCUGUCUCUUUCAGAUGAUCCUGAACAAUGCUUGAAUGGCCUAACUGUGAUGCAUCAGUCCAGUGAUAAUGACACAGUGGUGUUAGAAUCAGAAUGUCAAGUUCCAGUACAAAAGGAUAUAAAGAUCAAGAAUGCAGAUUCUUGGAAAAGUUUAGGCAAACCAGUCAAAACAUCAGGGGUAUUGAAAUCAUCAGAUGAGCUCUUCAACCAAUUUAGAAAAGCAGCGAUAGAAAAGGAAGUGAGAGCUCGAACACAGGAACUAAUACAGAAACAUCUGGAACAGAAUACAAAGGAACCAAAAGUAUUUCAAGAAAAUCAAAGGGACCAUGGCUUCACUCUAGAAUCUUUUCCAAAUAAAAUGCAAAACAAGUGUCUUGGAGAAGAGCAGAAAGAACAUCAGCAGUCACUGGAAGCUCAAGAUGGAGGCAAACUCUGGCUUCUCAAAGACCGUAAUUUAGCAAGGGAGAAAGAGCAAGAGCGGAGGAGAAGAGAAGCAAUGGCUGGUACCAUUGAUAUGACUCUUCAAAGUGACAUUAUGACAAUGUUUGAAAACAACUUUGAUUAA